AUGCAAGUGCUGGUGCUUCACCAAACAAAUUUCGAAAACAUUCACCUGCUUUCUGUUUCGCUUCCCCCAAGGGAAGGCUGGGGUUGCUUUCAGGAUUUCGUUCAACAUGGCAGCCAUAGUAACAAAGUGCUGCACAAGGCGCCGAUAGUACGAAGCGAGCCCAAGAAAGCUGCGUACAUUAUCGGUGUUCUUUGGAACGGGCCUACCAACGGACAC